AUGGGGCUCCGUAUAACGACUUGGAAUGUCAACGGCAUUAGGAAUCCUUUCGGAUAUCAGCCAUGGAGAGAACAGAGAACGUUCCAGGCCAUGUUCGAGAUCUUGGAGGCCGACAUUGUGGUGAUGCAAGAAACGAAGAUUCAGCGCAAAGAUCUGCAGGAUGACAUGGUCCUCGUGCCUGGAUGGGAUGUCUACUUUAGCCUUCCCAGGCACAAGAAAGGAUAUUCCGGCGUGGCUAUUUACACGCGAAACUCUACUUGCGCACCCACACGUGCCGAAGAAGGAGUAACGGGCGUUCUCUGUACCCCCAGAUCCUCGACAAAGUUUCGCGAACUUCCCGAGGACCAGCAGAUUGGGGGAUAUCCCCGCCCUGGUCAGCUCUCAGGCAGCGUCGACGAGUUGGAACUGGACUCCGAAGGGCGCUGCGUUAUCCUCGAAUUCCCUGCCUUUGUUCUUUUCGGCGUCUACAGCCCAGCCAAUCGAAACGAGGCCCGUGAUGACUUUCGCCUCGGGUUCCUUGAAGCUCUCGACGUACGGAUUCGCAACGUGGUCGCAGCCGGAAAGCAGGUUGUUCUCACCGGGGACCUCAACGUCACUCGCUCGGAACUAGACACGACAAAUCUGCUCGACGUCUUGCGCAAGGAAGGAAUACCCUUGGACGACUGGAUGUCGAUGCCCUCGCGGCGCAUCUUCAACCAGCUCCUCUUUGAAGGAACUGUCUCCGGUCCACGGGAUGCUGGUCGGGAAACCCCUGUUCUAUGGGAUCUGUGCCGAUGCUUCCACCCACAUCGAGAGGGCAUGAACACGUGCUGGGAUACUAAGAGAAACACACGGCCAGCAAACAACGGCAGUCGAAUCGACUAUGUGCUGUGCAGUGAUGGCUUGAAGAGCUGGUUCAUGGACGCAAACAUCCAGGAGGGACUGAUGGGCUCUGACCACUGCCCCGUAUAUGCUACCAUGGUGGAUCGAGUCGAGGUCGAUCACGGACAGGUUGCCCUGGCUGAUUUGAUGAAUCCGAGUGGCAUGUUUCAAGAUGGAAAGCGGGUUCGCGAGUGGUCUCAAAAGGACGUGCUCCCCUUGUCUGCCAAGUUGAUACCCGAGUUCGACCGCCGCCAAAGCAUCCGCGACAUGUUUUCCAAGAAGCCUGAGCCAAACGCGCCCGCACAACCACCUUUGAGGCUCGAGACGUGGUCCAAGACGGAGGACUACCCUGCAAGCCAACGCAUUUCGAGCUCGUUUCCGGGCAGUAGCGAGUCCACGAAGCUUACCACCUCAGCGAGCGAUGAGUUUCCCGUUGCAGACUUUCCCGUUGCAAUACGCAACGCACCAGCCCAAAGCCCGCAGCAACCGUCCCAGCUCAAGCGAUCGUCGAAACCUACAAAUGGUUCCAGUCGGUCUGCAAAGCGGGUCAAACCUGGUGCCGACCCGAAUGGAAGCAAGGCCAAGGCGAACUCGGGUCAGAAAACUCUGCAGGGUUUCUUUAAGCCGGCCAUGUCCAACUCUGUCUCUGCUGAGAAGAAAAAUAAGAAACUAGGGCCGCAAGAUGCGCCAGCCUCAUCCGGCUCCUCCACGCCGUCGAUGUCUUCGAAACCAGACCCACAAGAUAGCGUGCUCAGCAAAGCGUCGCCUUCAAAGGACGCCGGACAAUCUGCAGAAUCGCCGGAGCGUGUCUUUGAUCCAAUACAGGCCAAGGAGUCGUGGUCGAAGCUGCUCGGCAAGCGGUUACUUCCUCGCUGCGAGCACGACGAGCCAUGCAUCAGCCUCGUGACCAAGAAGCCGGGCGUGAACUGCGGCCGGUCGUUCUACAUUUGUCCACGACCGCUCGGUCCGUCUGGUGAAAAGGAAAAGGGCUCGGAGUGGCGAUGCGGGACUUUUAUCUGGAGCAGCGACUGGAACUGCUCCAGCGUGUAG